CGUUCGGUCAGUGAAGUGCGAUGGCCACAUGUUAUCCAGCGUAUGAAUUGUCCUCUCCUCAGAGGACAGUGCAAGUGCCUAUACAGAAAGACUACACGAAACCCCUUCACGUGGACUGCAGUGUAGAAUACGAAUUACCGAAUACUGCGAAACCACCGCAGGGAGUGCGAAAUGAGCCCCUUUUGAUGAUCCAUCCUUGUUACUUCAGGAAGAUCGAGAGCCAAAGAAGGAGUCCCUUUAUCAAUAAUCUGCCUCCUUCGAGACCUCCUACCACGACCACUACUACUGCCGUCAAGAGGAGAAUGCCCAGGGGCCAACAACUUCCUCAGCAAGUGCCACAACAAGCUGCUCAGUAUCCUGUUCAGUAUUCCACGACAGCAGACAGACAAAUAUGGGAAUUAAUGCCACCUUUAGUGCCAAUUACUUCGGCUGCUCAGCCUUACUGCAAACGAGAACGACUUAUGUCAGCCUGUGGACAAACGUACACAACGGCCAGUGAUUCCGGCCAUUGGCCAGAUCCGGAACAUUCACCAGAUCGCCCGGAAGAAAAACACAUUCUUUCGGGAAAAUAUAGGCAGUAUUUGAGGGCCCAUAGACUGCAUCCAUACGUUAGUUCGGCGAUUCCCUUGGGAACGACGUUUCCCCAAAUUCAGCAAGUUUGCUAUAAUGUCUGAUCACUGUGAUAUGUUAAUUCCGAUUCGGACUGGUCGAAUGCGGAUGCCUCAUCUGUGGUUUCCAUAAUCUUUCUUGUGAUAAUAGUGUGUAAUUAUGUGACGACGAAGGGCACUAAUGGCGCGUGCGCUUUUGUCCGGGCGUGGUAGUGAUCCUGAUAAAUCAGCUGUGUCUGUGCAUUUUAGCCUCCGUCUCCUUCAGGAUUUUUAGUUUUUCUUUGGGAUAUCAUCCACAUGUGACUUGGAGUUGGUUUGUUUACUUUAUUAUGGUAUAAUGAUGUUUUUGCUAUAAAUACUUUCGUGAACACUACCUACCAAUAUAAUCUAAAAGACAAAUCAAGUUUUUUGUGCUAGCAGUAUUUUCUAAAAUUUCUCUAUACAGACAGUAAAAAUAUUUUGCAUCUUCAAAGUAAACAUAAUGCUGGAACAUUAUAUUGUAUGUAUUAUAUCGAGGAUGUUUAAAGUAAAUCAUUUUCAAAGUUUCAAAUCUCACCAAAACAUUAAAUAUUGCUGCCACAAUAAAACAAAUUUUAAAUUACACUUUAAAAACCGAUUUUGCAAUAGUUGACAAUUAUAUCACAUUUAUCUCAUUUUCACAAUUUAUCUAAUGCAUAUUGUUUUGAAGCUAUUUCCUUAUAGCAGCUUCUGCGAUUUACUAUUUUGUUUGGGAAUGAGCCACAAUUCAAGUUUGAAACUAAAUUUAUUUGACGUUUCGACUUCCACUUCGGAAAAUCGGUACGUGGAGGUCGAAACGUCAAAUAAAUUUAAUUUCAAACUGAAGUAAUUGUGACUUAUUCCCAAAUAAAACACUGAAUUAACUAAUGAACUAUCAACAUUUUUUUUUCAAUAUAAUUAAUAGAUUUUACUUAGUUUCUUUCUAAACCAUAAGGUCGCAACGGUUUUAUACAUUAUUUCAAAAUGUAUUCUUUUUUAUCAGUUACAAAACUAGAAUGUAAACCAUAUCUAAGUUAUUUCCGCAUAAUCGUAAUUUAUUAGCCAAAACAUAAAAUAGAAAUUGGUUUUAUUAGUUUGACACAAAUAUAGUGUGACCAAUCAUUUUAGGAGAAAUAAUAUGAUCAGUGUUGAAAUUGCUUAAUGGCAUGGUAUUAAUUUGAUUACUAUUUCCACACUGAAUUUGUCAACUUUUGCAAGAUACUGGUAAUUUUACACCUAUAAACCAAUCAUAUUUAGCUCUGAAAUUACCGAUACUCUAAAAUUUACUAUAAACGAUGAAAAGAACCGCAGAUUUUAAAUUUGUAACUUCAAGUUAGUCCAGAGAAAUAGGAUUUUUCUCAGGCCUCUGAAUAAUCCAUGUGUUUCACAACUUUUUUAGUUAUUGUACACCCAUAGAAGGAAAACCUGCAUGUUUCCUGCCGUUUUUUAAUUAUAACAAUUUAGUGCUAAAACGCGAUUUUUUCAAUUUUUUGCAUCCCAAACAUCUAAUUUGAUAAAAUUUGAUUUUUUAGAACAUUGAAAAAGCUUCAAAGUUAAAAAGUUUUGAGAGUUGAGAAGUCAUUUUUUGCUGAGCAAACUACAAAUUAAUGCAACACCGUUAUUGUUAAUAACUAUUAUUAAAAUUAACCUAGCUAGAACUUUGGUAUUUCAUUCAAAGUUGGUUAUUUUGGUAGGUACUUAACAAAUCCUCAAAAUUUAAGACCCAUCAUCAAUUAUUUUAAAAUUUAUUAUAAUAGUUAUUGGCAUUUUUAGUUUAUAAAUAUUAACAAUAACGUUUAAACUAAUUGAUGGAUCGGUCUCAAAUUUUGAGGGUUUGUUAAGUACCCCAAUAACCAACUUUGGGCGAAAUACCAAAGUUCUAGGUUAGUUAUAAUAAUAGUUAUUACCAAAUAACGAUUUUUUACUUAUUUUGCAGUCUGCGAAACAACAUAUUGACUUUUUAAUUUACAAACAUCGCCAUUUUGAACUUUUUUCCAUGUUCUAAAUCGAAUUGUGUAAUUUUAUGUCAACUAUUUAGUUUUGUAGCGAGGUGCAAAAAUCGCGUUUUUUGCACUAAAUUGUUAAUAAUUAAAAAACGGCUACGAACUCUAGGCAGGAAACAGUAGGUUUUCUUCCUACAGGUUUACAAUAACUAAAAGUUGUAAGGUAAUAUCUGGAUUAUUGUAAGUCCCGAACAUGGUUUACUUUUUGCUUAUUUCUCUGAAGUAUAAAAUGUGAAUAAUCACUUCCAAAAUUACGGGGGGUUGACUAAACGUGUUAUAAGUCGUGACAGGUUUUUUCUGCAGAAUUAUUACCAACCUAAAACAUUAAUCGUGUUAUUUACGAUGUAAUUAUAGCUGAAAAGGAAAUAUGAAACAGUUUAUUUUGCUGACCUAGAAAACUGGCCAUAAAUUGCUACUUUGUUGCCGUCGGUUGGCGACGGGAAACAGUUUUGAAAUUAGAAAAUUACCCAAUAAAUGAAGAUAUAUAUUCGAUAAAAACGACAUGUGGGGUACCAGCAUGACCAAUUAUGUUGGUACCUCAUUAUGUUGCAUUACUUGGAAGAACUUAAUUACAGGGUAUACUGGAUGUGCACACGUUGAACAUUUUUUAUCGUUAGUUACUUUUUCAUUACUUUAUAUUUCUUUAUUAUUUACAAAACAGUUUAUUUCUGAGUAUUUUGUUAAUGUGUUGUCUUGCAAUUGGUACCUAUAAGAACUUAGUUCAUUUGAAAUGUUAUGGCAAAUAAAAUUAAUUUAUUUGUUAUUGAUGUUAUAUGUUACAACGAUUACUUAUCUCUUCCGGUAUAUUAUGUAUUUCCAAUACGUUAUUAUUUUAAAUAUUAAUGUAUUGAUUGUUUGGAUAUUUUAGUUGAUGUGGUAGGUUAUCUUCAUCAAAUUAUACUUUUCGGUCAUUUCUAUAUCAACAAAAAGCUAAGCUAAAAUAAGAGGUGGUUUAUAGCGUCAAGAAGAUACUUAGUUAUAAUCGUCAACAAUUAUUCUCAAACAUCUGUUAUAUCAUCGCACAUCGUGCUAUUACUCUUAUGUUUGUUUUUGAUUUCUAGGAUUCAUAUUUAUUCUUCUGAGAUCUGAAGUUUAAUUGUGAUCUAGUAGGCCACGUUCAUAAUCAUAUUUUUCCGUUAGUUCUGUAUUAAGUUUUUGCGAUUGUAUGCACUCAAAAAGCUAAUCCAAGAUGUGGUUUAUAGUGUCAAGAAGAUAGUUAUAAACUUUUUUUCUCAAACAUCUGUUCUAUCAUCGGGGAUCGUCAAAUUACCAUUGCAUUUGUUCUUGAUUUCUAGGAUUGGUAUUUUUUUCUGAUUUCUGAAGUUUAACGAGUGCGAUAUAUAAGCAUUUUUUUUAUUAUAUGUAUUUCAAUACCUAUCAAGAUUUUGUGAUCGUAUGCUCUCAAAAUAAACUUCAACAAUUCUGAAACAUCUGUUCUAUCAUUGCACAUCGUCCAAUUACUCUUUAUUAUGUCUGUUUUUGAUUUCUAAGAUUUGUGUUUAUUCUUUUCUGAUUUCUGAAGUUUAAUAUUGGGAUCUAGUAGGUCAUGUCCAUAAUCAUAUUUUUCCGUUAGUCCUAUACAAGUUUUUGCGAUCGUUUGCUCUCAAAAAGACCAAGAGGUGGCUUUUUAGGAUCAAGAAGAUAAUUACAUAUAAACUUCAACAAUUUUAUUCUCAAACAUCUGUUGUAUCAUCGCUCAUUGUCCAAUUUGAUUUUGUUCUUGUUUUUGAUUUUUAGGAUGUGUAUCAUAUUCUUUUCUGAUUUCUGAAGUUUAAUUUGUUUGAAUUAUGUUUUCAAUAUCUCAUUUUCUUCGUAUGCCUCAUCGUUUAAAAACAUUGUCGUCUCUCCGGUCUUCUUUUUUCUUUCACCUUCCCGUGUAUGUAUCUCCAAUCACAUCAAACUCAUAUUUUUCAUUUCUUAGUGUGUGACCAAAGUAGCUCAUUUUUCUUUCCUUCAUGGUGUUGAGUAUUUCUUUUUCUUUUUUCAUCUUUAUGUUUCUGUGUUUGUUAUAUAUGUGUUGUGUUCUCUAUCUCAUAAACAAAUGCUAAUAAUAGUCAUUUAAUUCCCGUAAUAGUUCCGUUUUCUUGUAAUGUAUUUUAUUUUCUGUGGCAUGUAAUGUCAUCAAAUGUUAUGAUCUAUCUUUCAUGGUUUUUGUUAUCAGUCUUUGACGAUUUUAGUUAAUAACAUUUUUUGUGGCCUUAAUAACUUAUGAUAUGCGCUAGUUAUACUUAAAUUUUGCUUAUAUUCAUCGUGGAUUUAAAUUAGAAAGUGCUUGUUACAUAUUCUAUAUUUUAACAACUUUUAGCUUAUCCAAAUCGUUAUCAACUAUUUCUAAUGAGAAAUAACCACAAUUUUAAUUAAUUCAGAACCACAUCCAAAUAUUUGUCAUGCAGUAAGUAGUUCGUUAAAUGUACCUACCUUUUUGUCUUUGAAUUGCUCACCAUUCUGAGCAAUUUGUAUCCAUUUUGGUUCAGCUUAUUUUCUUUAUCAUUAUCUGUCUCUUUGUGCGAUGUCCCUUGUGCUUUUAUAUAAAUUGGGCUGUUUAUUUUCCUUUACCACAGUUUAUUAUUUCAUUUGUCUAAUAAAUUCUAUGAAGUGCUUUCAUGAUUAUGAUGAUUUGAUGAUAGUGUGUUUGGCAUGGAAACUAGUCCAGUUGCUACAAUUGUUUAAAUGAUUUGUUAUAUUCAAGAAUUGAAACUUGAUUGUAACAAAUUGAUAAUAUUAUCGCAUCAGUACUUUCCUGAUUCUAUAAUGUUUAAUCUAGUCAGGUGAGCAGGUACAUCACCAUUACUAGUUUUUAAUCUUAUGAUAGUUUCUGCUGAUGGUCUGGAUAUGUUAUAAUGGAAUAUGUGUGGUCAUUAUGUUAAGAAUGUUGACGUAAAUUAAUAAUGAUGAUUUAAUAUAUUCGCCAAUAUUUUCCAUUUGUCUUGCCAGUUAAAAUUUAUUUUUUGAUAUCCAAUUUGAUUAGUUACUGCGUAAAUAUAUUAUUCUUAUGUCUACUAUUAGAAUGGGGAGAAUCCUUAGCAAACUCGUCUACUAUUUCAUUAAAGUUUAGCCAGGGGUGACUUUUUGUCCAAUUAAAUGUUACAUUUUUGUUUCUCUAUUUUUAAUCAAAACUUCUUCCUAGUUUAUAAAUAGGCUCAUGCCUGUUUUACUUCGGUUUUAGUCUCAAUUGACGUAAUGAUCUUCUAUUUGGCGAUUUGUCUCUUGUUAUUCAUACAUUUCUUUCUAUGUGUUGAUUCCAUUUUUUCUUCUUCUUUUGGUCCACAUGUUUAUUUCCUCUAUACCGCAUCUCGCUCGUAUUUCCUCACUUUUUACUCUGUCUUUUAGAAUUUGGUUUGUUAUUUUUCUUAAGAAUUUCAUUUCUGCUGUUUCCAGCAGUCUUUUUGUUUUAGUAGUGUUUGCUCUUGUUUCAGCUGUGUACGUUAUUAUCAAUCUUAUUGUUGAUUUGUAUAUCCUGGUUUCCAUUGUGAGGUAUUUGUUUCUACAGAUUGUCUGGUUGAAACAUCCUGCUGCACUGUUCGCCAUGUACACUUGUUUUUGUAGGUAUUUCUUCCACUUAAUUAUAUUAUAUAGUUAUAUUAUUUUGUUACUUACAAAUCAAAAUAUUUUUACACAAAAAAUAUCAAAACUUAUAUAAAUGUAGUUUUUUUCCUUGUUGAGAUUUUCACAUUCACUUUUUUUGUGUUGUUUGUUGUCACUGUUAUAUUAUAUCAGUCUUUAUUUUUGAUUUCUUGAUGACGUGAAUCGCAUUUUAGUAAAUAUUUGCAAGUUUAUAAAUAUUCAUAUAUUUUAAUUUAAUGUUCGUCAUGUUUUUCUUUUAUGUUAUGGAGAUUGUUGUUAAUCAUGAUUCACGUUUUCCCAUUUAAAUUGUUUGCUUUCAAUACUUUCCGUGACACCCAUCAUAUCAAUUUAUGUUGUUUUCAUAGAAAUUAUAAUACAUAUUUAGAUUUUGUUUAUAAUUAAAAUACGACGAACCAGUUAAUUUCUAGAACAUUUCAAUAUUCAGAAUAAAUUUCAAUAUGUAUAUUUAAACUUUCUCAGUAGUGGUGGCCGUAACUCAGUGGUUGUGGUACUGGCUUACCAAGCUGGACGCCCGGCUUCAAUCCCCGGCACGAAAAAUUUUUCAAUAUCUAAUUUAACCGUGCAGUCCCUGCAGAUUGAUAACUUACAUCAACAAACGGCUUCAGAAAAAAGAUUCUUCGUAAAAUAUACUUAAUGUUUCUAAACUACUGUUACAGAGCCUGCAAUCACUGCGCAACUUUGUAAUUUUGUAAUUAUGUACUUUAUCUUUCCUUUACUAAAUUGUUAGAUCUUGAGAAUGUGCCUUUCUUAAAAAGUCAUAGUAGGUACACAAUGUUAAUGCUUUUCGAACAAUGGCCAUUGUCUUUAGUUUUUAAUUUGUUUUAUCCAGUCGUUUUCCUUGUAGUCUGCUCCGACUAUUCGUUUGUAUUCUAGUGUGGCGUCUUUUACUAUAUUAUCUUUCAGCUUCUACGUAGACUCAUAUUAACAUUUUUGCUUAGCUCUCUUCACUCUUCAAUCCUGACCCCCGGAGGGAGUGUAGUGGUCGACGUGAUCUCGUGGAUUGUCCGUCUCCAAAGAUCUCUGUCUCUGGUCAUUUAUUUUAACUCAUGCAUAGGUCUUUUGCAUAUUCCUGUAAUUUGAUCGAUCCAUCUUGUUCGGGAUCUUCCUCGUGAUCUUCGGCCUUCCACCUUUCCUUGUAUAAUGAGUCUUUCUAUGUUUUCUGUGUUUGCUUGCAUAACAUGUCCAAAGUAUUUUAAUUGUUGGAGAUGAACUUUACUGGAGAGUCGCUAAUUCUUAUCUCUUUUAAAAUUGAAUUAUUUGUCCAAGGAAAUCGUCAGUGUUGGGAAUAUUAAGCAGUUGAUCAAACUCAUCUUUAACGCUAUUGAAAUUUUACAGUCCUUCAAACUUUGACUUCAAACGUAGCAAUUUUGAAAACGACGAUCUUUUACUUAACACUUAACUAGCAUACAGAUAACAUGUAGAAAUGUUACGAAACAAGUAUUUUCAGUAAUCGAAUCUUCGAUUGGUUGGUAAUUUUCUAUAAAAUUUCACGUAUUACAAAAUCCCUAUCCAAAUUUGUUGGUGUUGUUCUUUACAGUAGGCACGUUUGGGUUUUUAUUCAAACAUUCACGAUCCAAUAGUUUUUAUAGAUUUUCCUUUUGCGUGAUGUUUGUGAAUGGUAUCAUGUCGAUAAGACUAAUGUUUGUUCAAGUAUAUGAGGUCAUGGAUACUAAUUAUUAGUCACAAAACUCUUAUCUAUAAAAAAAUAAUAAACUAAAGAGAAGGAUUUUUUUUUGAGUUCUUGUAUCCUCCUUUUGUAAAUUUUAUUUGGUAGUUUAUGCGUUGUUCUAAUUUCUUUUUUAUGAUUCAAUAUGUUAAGUAAUGGCGAAUCGAGACAAUCGAGCCCUUGUGGUGUUUUUUGAAUGUUUCCUUUCGUUAUUAUAAUCACUAUCACAUUUCCUGUUAAUGGUUGCAUUUUUUAGUUCUAUUUUCUUUAAUAGUAGGCAUUAAAAAAUAUAUAUAGGAUUUCCGGAAUGUAACACAUUUCGAAAGCAAAAAUCUGUUUUUUUACAUCCUGCUUGUCGAUGCAGUCUCAUAUCUCGACUAAUAUUACUCUUAAAGGAACGAUGUUUACGACAUGACAGGAUUUCACGUUACCCAGGUUAGAUUUUUUACAUUUUUGGACAUAUGACUUCUCGCAACGCGACGGUUCGUAACGCCAUUAAUAGUAACGAACAAUUUGUAACGGCGACACUUCGUAACAUCUACAGUUCGUAAAAUAUAACUAUUCGAAACGACAACAUUCAGUUUUUUUGGCAAAUUUAGCAUUACUGUGUACAAUGAAUGUAUUUGGCAUACUUUCCUACACUAAAACUAGUAGUAGUUUUUUUGAGACUACUUCUUUUUAAAUAUAUUGUUUCACUCAUAUUUAUGCAUAUACAUAUUUUUGUAAAUAUGACAACUAAAUAAUUUUGUUUUAAAUUUUUUAUCCUGAAUUAUCAUUUUAAGUCGUAAAACUACUGUUACACGUAGAUUAUAAUUAUUUUAAAACACAAUUUACAAAAUAUAUUUUUCCACGAAAUAUGAUGUGUUAUAAAUGUUUAUCCUGAUGCUGGUUCGUUAAAUGGAUAAACGUAAUUUAAGUUGCCACUGGAAUAAAAGUCUGUUUCCGUUUCCACCUUAACAAAAAUAAACAAAACAAUUCAAUUAUGACGUUACGAAUUAUACCGUUACGAAUAGUUACAUUUACGAACUGUCGAUGUUACGAACUGUCGUCGUUACGAAUUGUCGGCGUUACGAACUGUGGCGUUACGAGAAUUCUUAUCACGGUGUUUUCGUCACACAUAGAUUUCGUGUUGCUAGAAUCCUGGUUAUUCCGAUUUUCCCUGCAGCAUGACAUCAAUUACCAAUACCUCCAUGCAUUUGGGCAUUUUAAAGCAGUUAUGAAGUUUGCAUUUUCUAAUUUUGGUAUCUCAAUCUUGUAAUCUAACUUUCAUUUACAACUCUUGAAGUAAUGUAUUACCUCCAUUCAUUAUAGUCAUGCAACUUUGACUGAAUAUAUUAUCGAUUCGAGUAAUUUUAGAUUAAAAACACAUCUAUUUAUGUUUCAAGGAUUUGGAAAGUAUGCUCUUAUGCGGGGAAUUGGAUUGAAUCAUCUCCGAAUACGUCAGGGGUUUCUUAAAAACAUUUAUUAUGAAAAUAAUAUGGGUUCUCAAAGAAAGUGAAAGAUAAUUUGUUUAUAAGUAUUAAUAAUUAUUAUUUGAAAUUCCAGAUAUAGACAAUAUCAGAAAUACGCAAGUCUUUAUCAAAAAUAAUUUACAGUCAUCAUUAAUGUACAAUCAAAUAAUUAUAUUUGAUCAUUUUUUUUUGUUUAUUUGAUCAUUUACGCGUGAGUGAAUACAAUUAUUUGAAAUUAAAAAAGCUGCUUCUGGAGAUUUAUUUCUAAUAAGAGGUUUUUACUACACAAUUUGGUUCUCACGCAUUUUGUUUACUUAUUAAUAUUAUUUAGAUCCGUUAAUUCCUUCUAAAUAAAAGUUGUUAAUGAACAAUAUUAUUUUUUGUUGGGCGAAGUAUUUAAGUUCUUCAACCAAGAUGUUGUUUUCCUUACAUGUUUUUGUUUAUCUUCUACCUUUGUUUAUACUCAAUUAAUAGUAUUAUAUUCGUUUUGUUUCAUUCUUUUUGAUCCGUUAUCUACUUCUACUUGCAAACAAAAGUUGGCAAUAAACAAUAUUAUUUUUUGUUGGAUGAAGUAUUUAAGUUAUUAAACCAAGUUGUUGUUUCCUUGCAGGUUUUUGUUUAUUUUCUUACUUUUCUUUAUGUCCAAUUCAGAAUUUGAUACUCAUUUUGUUUCAUUCUUUAGAUCCGUUAUCUCCUUGUUAACAAAAGUUGGCAAUAAACAAUAUUAUUUUUUGUUGGAGGAAGCAUUUAAGUUCUUCAACCAAGAUGUUGUUUUCCUUGUAGGUUUUUGUUUAUUUUCUACCUGUUCUUUAUGCCCAAUUAAUGGUUUCAUACUCGUUAUGUUCAGUUAAAAAUCUAAUUAUGUUUAGGGAAACAUGAAUAUUAAAUGUUGUUUGAACAUUACAUUGUAAUGGUGGUUUAUAGGAGGUCCAGGAAGUGAUCUGGAGUUAUUUCUUCCUGAUGUUAAGAAGCGCAUUGAUAUAGUCUUCAACAGUUGGAGACGACGCUUCAGGAACAAAUGAUUCGAGAAUGCAGCCUAUAAAUCCAUAGUAGAGUGUAUCGAUUCAAUAUGAUUCGAAGUAAUUCAAAUCUUUCACCUCGUCAACACAUGACCCAAGUAUUGAAUUUUCAUAUUCUUCGAUUAUACUUAAUAAUAAUUCUUUUCGUUUACUCAUGCGCCGAAGUACCUCAUCGUUCGAUACUUAAUGUGAUACUUAAAAAUGGAAAUUUUAAGAUUAUUUUACUUUCUAGCUUUGGUACUAUUGUUUCCGUCGCAUAAGAAUCACUGUUUUUUCAACGUGAGCUUUCAAUCACCUGUGAUCUAAACGUAAGCCAUUUUAUAAUGGUAUAUAUUGUUUUCGGGGUCUGUAGAUCCUGUGGAACUAUUUUUUCCUGAUGUUUCGUCCGAGACUGCAGCAGACAUUAUUAAAAGAGAUACUGCAACGCUCGUAACAGUCGUAAUUGCCUGUGAGCGAAUUCGCUAAGGUAGAAGACGAAACGGCCUGUAUGUACUUACCUACCUAUAUGCCAUUAAAACAUACUCCUUGAUAAGCUAUUUUGUUUUCUGAAUUCGUUAUUCACAAUCCAUUUAAGUAAUUAAUGGUUUCAGUGUGUUUAUGGACUAUUUAUAUUUAAAUGCUUCAAAUACAAAUAAAACUUACCAUUUUCUACAUUUCGCUUAAAUAGCUGUGACGUCUAUAUUCGUAUUACGUAACGUAAGAGGAAUUUUUCAAGCAUAGGUAUAAUUAAAUUACCUAUAUUUUUCCGUUAAAUCGUUUACUAAAAAAUAUCUUGAGACAAAAAGUUUGUAUGAUAUUCAGUAUUCUUCUUUAAGUGCAUCCUUCCAAUCGGAGGUUGGAUAUCAUCGUCACUAUCUUUACACUAUCUACCGCUGCUCUGAAGAUAUAAUAUAUAUUUAUACCUCUGUGCUUCUAUAGAACUGCAUUUAAACCAGUCCCUUAAAUUCUUCAAUCAGGACACUCUCCUUCUUCCUACACUCCUUUCUCCUCUUAUCUUUCCUUGUAUUAUCAGUCUUAGCAUUUCAUAUCGCUACCCCCUCAUUACGUGUCCCAGAUAUUGUAACUUUCUUAUUUUCAUUGUGUUUAUUAUUUCGUAUUCUCUGCCCACUUCUCGCAAUACUUCCGUGUUAGUUUUCUUCUGUAUCAAUGCUAGUCUGAGCAUCCUCCUGUAACACCACAUUUCAAAGGACUGUAGCUGAUGGCUGAUAAAGCUUAUUUAUGUGUUCUUGCUUCAAUGUCCAGCAUACCAACGCAUUUCUUACUAUUUCUUAUCCUGCCCCUUAUUUCUGUUAAGUUUGAUCAUUAUUGUCCGAAAUCCAGGUUGCUAGGUAUUUGUAUUUAUCAACCCUUUCUAUGGGUACAUUUUCCAAAUGUAUCCCAAACGUUAUAUUUUGUUUUCUUUAUUAUUAUCAUGUAUUUGGUCUUUUUUAUAUUAAUUUUUAGUCCAUAUUUUUCACAGGAACUGUUUGUUUUGUUUAGCAGUAAUUGUAGUUGUUCAGUAGAGCUUGCCAUAAUCACCGUGUCAUCUGUAUAUAUAAUGUUGUUAAUAAAUCUUCCGUUAAUUAUUAUUCCUUCACUUUGAGAUAGUAAUGCUCCUUCAAAAAUGGCUUCACCAUAUACGGUAAAUUGUAAUGGAGACAUAAUAUACAUCCCUACCUCAUAUCUAACUCAAGAUAACUCAUAUCUUGAUUUCAAUUUCUAAACUUUGUUCGUUAUCUAUUACAAUGUGUGCUCUUCGAUUCCAGUAAAGGCCUGUUAUUAUUCGUAAGUCCCUUUUGUCUAUGUUUUUUGUCUUUAGAAUUCGGACUAAUUAGUCAGUAUGAAACAACCUUUAUUAGUUACGGAAUAUUAUUUUGCUUUUACAGCUGCCAUUUCCUCGAGGAUUCAGAAAUGAUUAUACUUCUAAUAACUUUAUUAGUUCCGCUUCUAACUGAAUGGUUUCACCGCUGAUGAGGCUACCUCUUUUAUAAUACUCCCAUAUGUUUACGAUUUUAAGACAUAUUCUUUUCCACGGUCGUUAUCUAGCAAUUAAGCAACUCAAUUAAAUAUAACAUGAUACUUCAACGUAUCAAAAUACCUUUAAAUCAUGUUUUUAAUCGUUCAUUUAUUUGCGUGAAACUUUCCUUAGUAAACAUGUAACGAAUCAUAAAUGAUUAUGGAAUAAAUAUAUUGUUGCUAAUA